AUGAGUGGAGACAAAUUCCUUGAGACAUACCACUCGAUUCGCGAAUGGAUUUUGAUAACCUGGGAACAGUGGUGGAAACAAAUGGAUGAGCUUCGAAUCGCCACACCGACCCUCAUCGCGUUAAUCUUUUUCCUCUCCUCGGCGGUGAUCGUUUUGACUGGUUUCCUCAUGCUCCUUUGCUGCACAAGGCGACCGAAACGCGGCAAAGGUGAUGUGCAAAAGGAAAUGCUUUGUAAGAAAGGCCUUUUCGCGUUGAUGUUGGCACGAUUGGAUGAGUUCGACUCACUGACACCACUCAUUGUCACACCGGGUACACCACUUGACGCAAAAGAGAUCAACAUAUCGAGCUCAUCCCUUCCCCCACCGCGCCCCUCAUCGACUUCCCCGCCACCACCCCGUCGACCCCAAGGCGGCAGGACGCUGCUCGUGCCGUUAAACACGAAAUAUCGAGCCCCAGCUGUGCCAUUGUUAGGCACACCAGAGAGUCGAGUCACAACUUUUGAGGCCGGAACGACAAAGAGUUGCGCAACGAUUCCCGAAGAUGAUGAGGAAACGUAUGAGGAUUUGGUGUCAAUUGAUAGGACCUCAUUCUCCACUCGAUCCGACGUAAAAUCGCAACGCUAUUUUUCCCCAUCUGCCUACAAUUUAUAUGUCCCAAAUACUCCACCCGAAUUCCAAAUCCCGACUCCAUCCUAUGAACCCCCACCACUGCCACCAGUACACAACGGCUUUCACCAAGAGAAAGAACUGCAACAACUCAACAAAAUAACGAUAAGGCCACAGAAAUUGAUACAAAAAACCCCAUUGAAAGCGUCACGCCAAGAGAUGAGAGUUGAACAACAAACGAUUCUUAAAGAGAAAUCACCAACACUGGGCAGCUCUUCUAGUCACAGUUUGAGCAGUCCCGAGUCCUCGCUCGGCUCUGAUUCCCCAGCUGACACGACUGGCUCGUUGAGUGAUUCAUUCUAUGUGGAUCCGAAUUACGUGAAAGACGCGGAUCGACGAACUGAUGUCGAUGCUGGUGGAAAAUACGCUUUGCAUCGAAUCGAAGAAGAGUCCGAGCAUUUCUCCGAGGAUCGCCUCCUUCAUCAGCAAGUCCCCGACGCGCAAAUCGCCCGGAGUGUCAGUCAACAGUUUGAAUUGCUCCAAAUCCGUCAACAACAACAGCAAUCGGGUGAAAAA